UUGUAGCCUUGUACGCAACGGUGUUCAUUUCCUGUCCACUCACAAGCGGGAACUCCAUGGGUCUCAACUCUCAAUUCUCUCAACCCAAAUGUGACGAUGAACAUGAGUACGUGAUUGCUCUUCCAAUGUCAUGAAAGAUGUGGUCAGUCUGCUCAACUUCGUACCUUCAAGUAAUUAUUCUAUUACCUCCAUGGAAGCAUAGCAUCAAGCUUUUCCAUCAUUACUCCAAAUCAAACAGAUUCAACCCUUUUCUUCCGUUGCGUCAUUUCUCCAAAGAUGAUUCUUCCCCAUCAAUUCCGAACCAGAGCCAGAUGGGAUAUGAUCCGUCUCAGGAACUCUUUGGUCUCGAUGUGGGUUUACCACCGAGGGAUGUGAAAUCUGAUGCAACUGAACCUAGAUCAUGGUUUGGACCCAACGGACAGUAUAUUAGAGAGCUUCCCUGCCCCAGUUGUCGGGGAAGGGGUUAUACUCCGUGUAGUGAGUGUGGAAUAGAGCGGUCUAGACAUGACUGUUCACUCUGCAGUGGGAAGGGAAUAAUGACUUGCCGACAAUGCUCGGGAGAAUGUGUCAUCUGGGAAGAGUCCAUUGAUGAAAAACCAUGGGAAAAAGCACGUUCCAUUUCUCCACUCAAAGUCAAAGAAGACGAUGAUGUUGAUAAUUUAGAGUUGACGCUGGAUGAAAAGAAGAAAUCAAAGCGAGUUUACAGAUCAACUCCUCCAGAAGUUGGGCUGAAAAUCAGCCGUUCCUUGAAAAGUCUAAAUGCAAAAACUGGAUUGUUCAGCAAGAGGAUGAAGAUCAUCCAUCGUGAUCCUGAACUUCAUGCACAAAGAGUAGCGGCAAUUAAGAAAGCUAAAGGCACAGAUGCUGCAAGGAAGCAUACUUCUGAAACCCUGAAAAUCUUCUUUAGCGAUCCUGAGAAUCGUCGAAAGAGAAGCAUAGCUAUGAAAGGAGUAAGAUUCUUCUGCAAGAAUUGUGGGCAAGAAGGGCACAGGAGUAAUUACUGUCCUGAACGUGGAGAAAAUUCAGAUAGGAGAUCGAAAUGUGGGUUGUGUGGAAAAAAAGGCCAUAAUAAAAGGACUUGUGGAAGGCCGAAAACAAGUAAACCGAAACAAAGAAUACUGAGGGAAUACCAUUGUCGGGUGUGUGGAAAAGUCGGUCAUAAUCGCAGGACAUGUUCUUUAAAGACUGAAGUCCAGUCGCAAAGGGCUGGUCUCGCACAUAGAGACUUGGGGGAAUUAAAGGGAGAUGUUCGAAAGCAUCUCUAUCAUUGCAGUGUAUGCGGAGAAGUUGGGCAUAAUCGCAGGACUUGUUUUUUGAAGACUGAAAUCCAGCCAAACAAGGUUGAUCGGAGGAAUAGAGAUUCUCUCGAGAAUGUGAAAGGACAUGUUUGGAAGCAUCACCGUCAUUGCAGUGUAUGUGGAAAAGUCGGUCAUAAUCGCAGAACAUGUUCACUGAAGGCUCAACUCCAGUCUAAAACUGAUGCUCGAAGGGUGUAGAGAAUCUCUCGGGAACUCAAAGGCUAUUUCGAGGACUAGAAGAAAACAGUGCACCUCCAUCAUUGCUCACUAUGUGGAAUAAGUGGCCAUAAUAGGAGGACUUGCUCUAAUUAGAGAAGGGAAUGUUUUGGUGGGAAUUUACAGUUCUAUAAAAAGCAAGGAAACCUUAUCAAUGAAAGGUUUGUGGGGUAAAUGGCCAGAAUCACUAAUCAAUGAACCUGUAAUGAAAGGAAAGCAUAAUGUCAUUAAUUUCUUUGCCUUGAUUUAGGGAAUUACUGAAUAAACCACAAUGUUGAACCCUUUGUACUUGGCCAUAUCAAAUCAAAUGCACUUUAAUAUAUAUUUGUUACAUUCA